GUUGUGUUUCGUACGUCUCUCCGGUGCUAGUUGCGAUCAUCUAGAAUGCGUGCUCAGAAUGGUAGAAUUUGGGCUAAGUUGCACGGUGGCAAAUUUGAAGUACGUGGUAUAACAGAAGCAGAUUUGGAAGAGGCUCUUGAUGUUCUUGAUAGAUCUUUUUUCAUUAAUGAAUCGGUUUGUGUUGCUUGUGAAAUUGGUUUACCCAACGCUGUUCAAGCUCGAAAGGAGUUGCGCGAGCUCUGCAAAAUAACUGCCCAGGACGGAGUAUCCUUGCUGGUUAAGGAAACAGAGAGCGGUCGGGUUGUUGCAGUCGCUUUUAAUAAAUUGCAGUUUACCCCACCACCCGGUGAGGAAUAUUUCUUCCUUCAAUUCCGUAAAGAGCAAGUUCAUAGCAGUCAAGCUAAGUGUUUAAUGAAUUUUAUGAUCGAAACGGAUGGAAGAAUAGAUGUAUGCUCGAUGCUAAAUAUGGAUUGCUUUUUGGAAUUAAUGUUUUUGGCCACAUUGCCCGAGUUUGAGCGUUUGGGACUUGGACGAAACUUGGCUAAAUGCACUAUUGAGUUAACUAGAGAAUUGUCGCAGGGUCUAGGCUUGGACGAUAUUAAUGACAAGCUGCGUGAAUAUCGCCCAGCAGCUGUAACAGCUCUCUGGACGUCUAGGUUUUCUCAAAAACUUGGCAAGGAUACUGGAUUUCAGGUUUUGAAUACAGUUCCAUACACAGAAUUUUCAUAUAACGGUAAACGUUUCGAUGAGCGCAUCGAUCCCAUGCAUAAAUUCUGCGAACAUGUCGCAUAUAAAUUGUAAACAAAAUGUUUUCAUACAAUAAAAUAACUAUAAACAUAAAA